AUGUUAAGUCAGCACACAAGAUUAGCGCGAGAUGAUGAACAUCAGCGUACAACACGUCAUGAUAGUGGUUUUGAGAUGAAUGAUGAUCCAUCGGUUUCUGAUCAAAUCUUGACCCCUUUACAACCAUAUACCAUUUUAUUGAAGGAUGGGGAAACAAUAGCUACUAUGUAUCCUGUACCAGCAUAUCCCGAUUUAUUGCCGCUAGGGCUUUUAAGCUUCCUCUUAGAUGAGUUUAAUAUGGAAGUGGAAAAGGGAGAUAGCUUUCCUUAUUACGAGACGUUAUCACUAGAGGAAUUCAAGAAUGUCUGGUUUCAUAAUGACGGCCACGUUUGUAUCAUGGUGCUAGGCGAAAUACCAGAACUGGAUUAUAGUAUGGACGCUGAGGCAGACGUAGAUGAUAAUUAUGGAACCGAUGUAGAAACUAUGAGGCAUACCACUCAAUAUAAGAAACGGAAAGAACGUCGAAAUUUGAACCUUAUUAUACAAUGGGAGAAGCAGUGUUUAGGCAUAUUUGACCUCAAGCCAGCAUAUCCUGGACGCUCGGCGCAUGUGGUCACAGGGACAUUUCUGGUGAAUGCUGGUAUUCGAGGUAAGGGCAUUGGUAAGACAUUGGUUGAAACAUUUAUAGAAUGGUCGAAGAAGUUAGGAUUUACGUCAUCUUUUUUCCCAUUGAUAUACGGAACGAACGUAGGAAUCAGAAGAAUCUUGGAAGGAUUGAACUUUAGGCGGAUAGGCAAACUGCCUGAAGCUGGUAUUCUUAAGGGAUUCGAUGUGCCUGUGGAUUCGUUCAUGUAUGGUAAAGAGUUCACGCAUAUCACGAAGAGUAUAGAUUUAUUACGAGAUCCUCAAAAAAGUAUCGAAAUCGGUAAAUACGAACGAUUGAAGCAUUUCUUGGAGACAGGCAAAUACCCUUUACAUUGUGAUAGAAACGAAAAGGCCAGGCUAAGAGUACUUUCCAAGACUCAUUCAGUGUUGAAUGGUAAACUGAUGACAAAGGGAAAAGAAAUUAUAUACGAUACAGAUCAACAAAUCCAGAUCGCACUAGAGAUACACCUAGUCGAACAUCUAGGUAUCAAUAAAGUGACUUCCAAAAUCGGUGAAAAAUAUCAUUGGAGAGGGAUCAAGAAUACCGUUUCAGAGGUAAUAUCCCAAUGCCAUAAAUGCAAGAUGAGGUAUAAAGAUGGAACAGGGGUGAUCAUUGAACAAAAGAGGGCGGUAAAGCAGGCGCAUAUGCUGCCGACAAACCACGUAGAAACUAUUAAUAAGCCAAGGAAAAGCAAGAAACACGACGACGCACUAUUAGAGCAUUCGAUAAAUUUUCCACAAAAUCUGAUUUCCAGCACGCUAAAUGAUACGGGGGGUGAACCUACUCCGCCAGAUACCAACGUUGCACGUGCUACGUUCCGCAACGUCGCUAGUAGUCCAGCCACUACCAGCGAAUCUAAUCAAGCAGAUAGAGGAACCGAGUAUCUUUCGCCAAUACAGAACGCACCUUUGUUGGACGACGAGCAGUCGAUGAAUUCUUUUAACAGAUUUGUGGAGGAAGAGAACUCCAGGAAAAGACGGAAAUACCUGGAUGCUGCCACCAGCGGGAUCGUACCCCAUUUGACAGACAAUGGAUCACAAAACCGUGCAAACUCCGUCAACGACGGUGGACGUGACAUCGGCAACCCCGUUGCUGACUUAGAUAGAAAUGAUCAUACCAUAAUGAACGAUGCCAUGUUGAGCCUCGAGGAUAACGUUAUGGCUGCUUUGGAAAUGGUUCAAAAGGAGCAACAACAGAAGAUAGAACAUGUGGAUGAAGAAGAGAGUAGCGAUCGCGACGAUGUCAACGCCACUGAAGACAAUGACGCCACAGUUAGUAGGAUAGUUAACGACGAUUCCAAUGCAUUUGCGGAGCAUAAUUCCAAUAUUUACUAUUAG